UGUAUGUGGGAGACAUGGACACACAAAUGUAACGAGUGUGUGCUGUAUCGAGUGUCUUCACCUUAACGUGAUUAUAGAAUUUUAAAACAAAGGAAUUAAGAGAAUGAAAUGAUGCACUUUAUUUGUAUAUUUGCUCAUAGCUUGGUCAUUAUCCGUUUAUUACAGUUGGCUACAGGUCAGAACAUAAACAUGGCAAAAGGACGAUUUAAUAUAUAUGUGUUGUAUUCGUUUAAAUAUAAAAAGUGACAGAGCUAGUCAAUUUUACAACGAAGGAUAUUGUGCUAGCGAUGAGUUUAUGCUAAUUAAAACAAGGCCAAUAUACACGUUGUAUUUUUUACGCUCCUAGCACGUAUGCCCAGUAAUUUACAAUGACUCUUUGGGCAAAAUUCUCUUUCACUCUUUUCCAGCAAAACUCUCCUUGAUGAGCAAAGCAUGAGGCAACGUGUGGAUUAUUCAAAAUCUUUAUCAUGUGACGUCUCUCAUGGAAAACUGUUGGAAUGUGGAACUAAUGUAAAAGUGCAAUAUACAUGUCCAAACACAUGUUGCUUUAACGAAACUGUAAAUCCUCCAUGCUAUUUUAAUGAAAAAGAUUACGGCCCCAUACAGCACGAUAACGGACUUUACAUUAAUGUAGAAGGGGAUUAUAAUCUCAUUUGGUCACGUAACUGCACUUCAAGGAAUGCUUUCUUCCUUGUGUCAUACGAUUAUCCUCCGUAUCACGUGGCUACAGGAAAAUGUUUUCUAUCCUCACAGUAAAGUUCUUCAAAUCUUUUUUUGUUUUUUCCUAUAAAAAAUUUUAUAAUGUUGCUGAGUACGUUUUAUUUUUAUCAUCUAACAAAGACAAAUAUAACUUUCAAAAUGCAAUGAAUGUUUUUGAUUUAUAUAUCGCUAUGACUUUAUGCUCAUUAAUAUAUUUACGUGAACUUAUUGUGUCGCCCCUGGCCUUACAGUGCUCCUUACACCAUACCAAAAACCAUGAAGAUAAACAAUCAUGAAGUACACAACGGUUUUUAAAGCAACUUUAGUACAAGAGUUGUAUGCCAUUUAUGUUGAGUUUGUUUUGGUUUUAAUCCUGCAAUCGGGCUCCUUGAAUGCUGCAUUUGUUUGUAACUUGACGUUCCAGGACGCCCCUUGAGGAUAAUCUUCCUUUUCUUUAUUUUUUUUCAGUAUAUAAAGCAAUUUUACUUAAACCAAGGGGGGGCACGAAAAACCAUUUCCGAAUAAAAUCAUAUGUGCACAAAAAAUGUCAUUCAUUUAGGCUUUCACCUAAAACAGAAAGUAACCCAUAUUUGUAAACCAAGAUCCAAACCUACAUACCAUGCCUAGAACAAGCAUAGAAAUGAACGCCUGAUUAGAUGAUGGCAAAAUUUUCAAAAGACUUUAUGUAAAAAAUAAACCAUAUUGCAGUGGUGCACGAGGAAGAUACAGACCAACAAAGAAUGGAAAUUUACGUGUCUAUGAUGUAGAUGAGCCAAAGAAAUUUUGUAUUGGUGAUUUAUUUGCACCCAAUAUUGAAUGGCAGCAUCAAAAAAAUAAAUAUGUCUACAUUACAGAGAAAGGUUGCAAAGUGAAUAAUUCUUGAAAAUUUAACUAUGUUUACGAAAGAAAGUUUAAGUACAGGGAAAAUAUGACCAUUCAAUGUGAUGAAUCAUGUUCUACCUGGGUCAUUGAUGUACGAUCAGCUGAAUUUGGUGUUUUGAUGAAAAAAAAUGGCCGAAAUAGAAAACCAUAUAAGAUAUCUUCAGUCGAAAAAGAAUGUUUAUCAUCAACAGCGCUCAGUUCUGUGCAAAAACAAUGCAACGGAAGAAGCGAAUGUUCUUUUAAAAUAGAGAAAGAGAGAUUCCUUUCCAGACCAUUCAGUUGCCGCAAAAUACCAUCUCUACUUGUUUACUACACUUGCAAAACGCCAUCAUCAGUGAGCAGAACGACACCGGUAGCACAAAUAAGCACUUCAUCCAAACGUAAUACCUUAUCUAUAGCACCCAGUACGAGGACCACGCUAACAGACAACAAACCUACACCUAGCACAAAAGCCACGCAGACAAACCACAAAACUACACCCAGCAAGAACGCCACCCAAAUAGAUAGCAAAGCUACACCCAGCAAGGAAGCUGCCAAGAUUGAUAACAAAACUACACCCAGCAAGAAAGCCACCCAAAUAGUUAGCAAAGCUACACCCAGCAAAGAAGCUGCCAAGAUAGAUUACAAAACUACACCCGCCAAGAAAGCAAAGCAGAUAUAUAGGGAAACUACACCGAGCAAAAAAGCCACGCAGAUAGAUAGAAAAACAACACCAUGCGAGAAAACUUUGAAGACUGACAUCAAAACCACACCCAGCAAGAAAUCCACCGCAGCAGACCCAAAAACAUCCUCCGAAAAAACUGGUGAAUCAAGCACAAAAGAUAGCCUCUAUUUAGGUAUAAUUGCUGGUAUUGCAGUUGGUGCAGUUCUUUUUACUUUCCUAGCUGUCAUCUUUGUGUUGUGCAAAAAAAUACGAAAGAAAGAUUUUGGUAUGCAUAUGGCGCCUGUUAAAUACAAGAAAAGGACGAAGGAAGAGAAACAUUUAACCGUCAACAUUGUCGAAGAGGACGAAAUACCCAUUCCUAAAGUUCUUAACAAAACUCAAAACACGGUAAUGAAAAUCAGGAACCAACUUCGAUCAGUGUCUGAAACGGAAGCAAACAGUCAAGGUUCAAGUUACAAAGAAUUAAAUUUGUCAACAAGGAUCUGCAGUUAUGACUAUUACCAAUCAUUAAAUGUAAUUGAAGACGACACGACUUAUCAAGAACUAGAUACAACACAAAUGAAUCAAGACGAUAAUUACACGUCACUACAUGCAAACGUGCACGACGCAACCUAUGAAGAGCUAGAUACAAAGCAAAUGAAAAAAGAAAGUGCGGGUUACGAAUCACUGGGAAUGAAAGGAAAAAGCAACAAGAAAUUGGCUUACGUAAUGACGUAUUAAAUAAACCGCUUCGAAAGUCUGAGUGCAAAUAAAACACGUAAAAAUAUAUCGACUUUAUGGUGUAGUUUAAAACAAAGACAAAUUAAAAACACUAUAACUACAAAGAAAACAGCCAGCUCGAGUUAGAUAAAACAUGAUUUAAACAUGGACAACUUUUGUUGCGUACAAGAGUUGAAUUUUGUUGAAUUGCCGUAGAGUGAUUUCCGUUGAAAUCAUCAUUGAUUUAGUAAGAACUUGCAAUUGCAUUGCUAUCUUUUCUCAUGUCAGACGUUUCAAAUUUUAUAAUUAUGAGCUCUGAAACGCAAGCUGGGACCUUCAAAACAGUUCUAAUGAAAAUACGGGUACCCAGAUUUCCAGCUGUUUUCGAAAUGGUUUAAUUUAACAUAAUUUAACAUACAUAUGCAAUAUUGGGCCUUCAUAAUUAUUAAUCCUCCUUUGUUUUUGACCCAAUGAAAAAAUUAAAGAAAAGUUUUAAAAUCUAAA